GAAACCAAGCACACCUUCGAAUUCUGACGAAAAUUCCGAAACGUACCCGAAACUUCCCUCGCCAGUUAUUGCAAGAAGCUACCAUGCUCUCAACGGCUCUAAUAUUACUUCUCCCCAAAUUGCUUCCCUCCGUUUAAAACCAACAAAAAGUACAGAUUCCCUCACAAAUCAUCCUUUGCAGAUUUUUGACGAAGAAGAAACUCUCCUCGAAGAUCAUGUAAUUGUCUCUCAACCCAGCGAUGAUGGUCAUAAAGCAAUAACUUUGAAUGGUAUUACAGGUUUUAUUCUACA